AUGGACCCCGAAUUGUAUGCAGCUGCACAGUCAGGUAAUUGGGUUGUAAUGGAAAGCUUUUCAGACGACUUCUACACUCAACAUACUCCAGUAGAAGACACAGUCCUUCACGUAUUAGCCGAGUCUUGUGACUCUGAAAAUGUAGUCCAGCUUAUCCUUGCCGGGCAUGGCCGUUUGCUUAUGAAAUUGAACAAACGGGGCGAGACUGCACUUCAUUUGGCAGCAAGAAAUGGGCAUUUUCGCAUCGUUCGAGCACUAAUUGACUAUGCAAAAUCGGAAGCAGGACACUGGUUUACCCCAUGUUUUGACAGGCGCAAGAGGAUGCUGAGGAUGGCUAGUGUGGCUGGAAAUACAGCUUUACACGAGGCAGUUAGGAACAACUUCUAUGACAUCGCCAAAUUGUUAGUUCAAGAAGAUCCUGAGUUUCGUUAUCCCCACAAUUAUGCUGUGGAGACACCUCUGUAUCUGACUCCAUCUUAUCUUGGCCCCGGACACAAAACUGCCUUGCAUGCUGCCGCAAUUUGGAAUUUUCCAGAUUCCAUGAAGCUGAUUUUGGAAAAGCUGCCUAAUCUUAUAAAAAAUGUCGAUAAAUUUGGGUGGACUGCACUUCAUUAUGCUGCCAAAUUUAAUCAUCAGGAAAUUGCAAGACUAUUACUGUCUGCUGAUAGGUCUACUGCCUAUGUUGCUGCCAAGAAUGAUGACUCCAAGACUGCUCUACAUAUUGCUGUAACUCAUGGACAUGUAGUUUUGGUGCAAGAGAUUUUAUCCCAUUGCCCAGAUUGUUGGGUUCAGAUUACGGGUAAAAGUCGGAAUAUCCUUCAUCUAGCGGUAAAGCAUGAAAAAAGAGAAGUCUUGGAGUUUGUUUUGCAAAAUUCCUGUGCUUCUAAGCUCAUUAACGAAAAGGAUAAUGAAGGAAACACUCCUCUCCACCUGUAUGUUGCUACCAAAAACUUAGAUGGGAAUUGCCUUGUGAAUCAACCUUUUGUGGAUGUCAAUUCUUUUGACAAUUCCAACUCCACGCCUCUAGACAGGAUAGUACGGGAUGAUCAACUUUUAGAAAGACAGAUUUUAAUGAAGGAUCAGUUGGAGCAAGCAGGUGGCACUCGAGGGUAUCGAAAUGUUGCAACCGUAAAGAAGAUCUUACGAGCGGCUAGUCCUGAUGAAGUAAAAAGAGUGGAAAAGCUGGCUGAGAAUUAUUCGAUUGUGGCUACACUGAUCAUAACAGUCACUUUUGCAGCUGGUUUUACAGUUCCAGGUGGAUACAACAGUGACGGUCCACACAAAGGCAUGGCAGUUCUAGGCAAGAAAGCAGCUUUUAUUGCAUUUGUUUUUUCAGAUUUCUUGGCAAUGUUUUUCUCCGUAGAUGCGGUGUUUGAACAUGUGAAGCUCGUGCGAUCAAAAAAUUACGGGUUUAAGUUGGCUGCUGUCCGGACAAUUGGGGAACGCAUUUGUCAGGCUGUGACGCUCGUGAUGAUAGCAUUUCUCACUGGCUUGUACGCAGUGCUACAAAAUCUGGUCAUGGAUCAGGCCUAG